AUGGCAAAACAGGAUAAUCAUCAGCUAAAACUAAGCCCACCAGCUCUAUCGUACUUCUGUGUCUAUAAUUCUUCACUUGGAAGAGCUAUGGAAGAUAAUGCUGCAAACCAAAUCCUUUAUUACACGGCCGCUAAAGGAACAGUUUCUGCUGAUGAAAAGAUGAAGCAAAUUGGGUUAGCUCAGGCGCUGGUGAAUUUUACAUCUACUUUCUCAUCGUCGGCUUCAGCUAUACAGAGUGUACAUUCACAAAAGAACCGCAUGGUCUUUUAUCAACCGGAAUCUGGUUUUUGGAUGCAUAUGUGUGUUAAAUUAGGUGUUUCUAGAAAACAAUUGAAAGACUCGAAAGGAAAAGAGAAGUUAGCUACAGAGUAUCUGGACUCUCAAUUGAAUGACAGAGCUCUUGAAGCUAUAUUAAAAGUCGGCUAUGAGCAAUUCAAAUUGUUGAAUGGCACAUUUUCUUCUUUGGUUUUUGGUACGGAAUAUACGACCAGUACGCAUUGUUCUUCGACCACAGCAUCGGCGCAGAAGAUUGGAGCUUUAAUGCAUUUAAUUGAACAGUUCUUUUCAGAAUGGAUAUGGAAAUGGGAUUUUAACCGUCUUGAUACUAUGUGCUUUACAGCUGUUUUCAACGGUGUGCCUAACGGAUCCAUUUUACGAAAGGAUUAUUUGAAAAUCAAUGACCUCGAAGAGGAUUUACGAAAAGAAAUCAAGUUGGGCAUUCCAUUAAGCCAUAUGUUUAUUCUUCAUGAGAAUGAAGUAUUAUACAGAUCAAAAGACCUAAAUAUUCAUGAUGUUUGUGCUUUAAGGAAAUACGUAAUGCGUACAGUUGAUGCAUAUCACAAGAAUUCCCAGAGAAAACAAAGCACCAAUUCUUUAACAGAAAUGCCAGCCACUACGAAUAUGCCAAACUUGAAACAGCUGGCAAAGUCUUUCACGCAAACACCUUUACUGAAAUAUUUGCCGUUUGGAACGAGUAAAUCAACAGAAACUAGCCGUACGACUUUUGAUCACUCGAACGAUAUCUUCUCGAGUGAUCACUUAUCAGAAAUUCUAUCAAUAGCACCCUCAUCAGUCGCAGAAGAACCAAAGGAUAGUCGAGGCGUGUAUUUGACAGGCAUUACAGAAUCCAUAAACAUGAACGAUGAGGAGAGGCCACACACAAAACCAAAUCAUGUCCGAGUAUAUUUACAUAGUCCGACACAUUUGAGUAGUUCAAUUGAGAACCCACAAAACAAUCACCAACUGUACGAAUAUUACUUAAUUGUAUAUAUGCAUCAAUCAAAGUGCGUCUGGAGCUUCUUGUUACCUAAAAACGAAGACGUCGAAAACCUUCUGUCCAGUCCUUCUUAUUAUGCAAGUUUAGAGCAAUACUUACACAAAUGCGACGUAGAGUCGCUCAUUAAUACAGUUGUCAGGGACAUGAGGAAGAAAAGACAGAAAAGUCUUCGUUUGGGAAGAAAGUAUCAGUGGUUUUUCUAUGAUAACAUGACAUUGGAUAUGAAAACAUCCGUAGAUUUUGCAGCAUUGGAUCAGAAAGAGCAGACUGCAGCCCAACAACCAUUGUUGACAAAUGAAAUUUUAUUGCAUUUACUGAAUAUUAAGGAGGAUUUCGAAAAAAUGCUGUGUCAUACAAAUGAGAUCUAUUCACGUUCAACUUCCAAUCAUUGGAUAGCCGGUAAUAGGUUUUACCAUGCUUCCUUGAAUGAUGAUUUACGGACGAUUUAUAAUAGUAAUUGUCAAGACUACACUGAAAUGUAUUUGAUUGCUGCAAAGAAAGACAGUUCACUUGCGGAUGUAGAAGGUUAG